UAACAGGUUGCGGGUUUGCGAUAGCCUCCUUUUCGCGAUUUCCCCUCGACGAGCCGACGAGCCGACGACGACGGCGACGACAAAGCGCCUCUCUCAGAACCCCGAACACGGACCGUACAUAUACGCGCCCCCGCCAUGGACUUUCUCAAGUCGGCUGUUGCCUCGGCGAUGGCCAAGGGGCCGCCGUUCCCCUACAAUUUUGGCGACAAGGUCGACCUCGACCCCUCCAUCUGGACCCUCCACAACGGUACACGACGGGAAGACGGCUCAAACUGCAGCAUCUUCUCGUUCGAUAUUACCACCAACCGCUCCGCCCUGCCCCUUGCCAAGAACGCGCUGAAAAAGCUACGAACACUACGACACCCCGGCGUCAUUAAGGUUCUAGACACGGUCGAGACAGAUUCAUACAUCUACAUCGCGACAGAGCGCCUAGUACCUCUACGGUGGCAUGUCAAGCGGAAGAGUCUCAGUCCCGAAACGGCGAAAUGGGGCCUUUACAGCGUCGCGAGAACAAUCAAGUUCAUCAACGACGAGGCAUCGUCCGUCCACGGUAGUCUCAAGGUUGCCUCUGUCUAUACGACUGAGAGCGGCGAGUGGAAGCUCGGCGGUUUUGAGGUGCUCAGUAACGUCAAAGACGACGAGGCCGUAGUAUAUACCUACGGCAGCCUUGUGCCGGACUCGGGACGGUACACACCGCCUGAGCUAGCAAAGUCGGGGUGGGAUGCCAUCAAACGAAGUCCCCACUCGGCCGUUGAUGCUUACGAGUUCGCCGCCCUGAUCUUCGAGGUCUUUAAUGGCGCUUUCAACGGCGGCGACCAGGCGGGCCAGACCAAGAAUGUCCCACCCAGCAUGCAGUCGAGCUACAAACGCCUAACCAACGCCAACCCCAAGGCGAGGCUCAGCGUCGCCCAUUUCCUUGAACAAGGCCGCCGGAACGGCUCAUUCUUCGACUCGCCACUCAUCAAACUCACCGACGGGAUCGAGAACUUGGGUGUCAAGUCGGAGGAGGAACGGGAAGCCUUUCUAGACGACCUGGAGCAACUUACGGACGACUUCCCUGAGGACUUCUUCAAGAUGAAGGUGCUUCCCGAAUUGCUAAAAUCAGUAGAAUUCGGCGGCGGUGGCCCAAAAGCAUUUGGAGUAGUCAUGAAGAUUGCCACCAAGUUGUCAAAUGAAGACUUCGAGGCGAAGAUCACUCCCGUCUUGAUUCGGCUGUUUGGCAACCCCGACAGGGCCAUCAGAGUGUGCUUGUUAGACAACCUGCCCCUGAUGAUCGAUCGACUGUCACAAAAAAUUGUCAAUGAUAAGAUAUUUCCUCAGAUAGUUACCGGGUUCACAGAUGUUGCGCCCGUCGUCAGGGAACAGACACUAAAAUCUGUACUCACGCUGAUCACCAAGCUCUCAGAUCGGACCAUUAACGGUGAGCUGCUGAGAUACUUGGCCAAAACCGCCAACGAUGAGCAACCUGGCAUCCGCACCAAUACAACUAUCUGUCUCGGCAAGAUUGCCAAGUACCUUGGGACCUCCUCGAGAGCCAAGGUUCUGAUCGCCGCAUUCACGAGAUCACUCAGAGAUCCUUUUGUUCACGCGCGGAAUGCGUCUCUCAUGGCGCUCUCCGUGACAUCAGACUACUUCUCCGACGAGGACUGCGCGCUCCGCAUCGUGCCCGCCGUCUGCCCCUCGCUUAUCGACAAGGAAAAGCUCAUCCGCGACCAAGCGAGCAAAACCGUCGACGUCUACCUGGGCAAGAUCAAGAAAGCGGCAGCCGGCAUGCCCGACUCGGUUCUCCCACCCGAAAGCGCCGUGUCUGCCGCGGGCGGGCCCAGGAUGAGCACCCCGCAACCGGCCGAGUCAGCGGCAGCCUCCUGGGCGGGCUGGGCCAUCUCUUCCUUCACGAACAAGCUAUCCACCGCAGCAGGCGAGAUCCAAUCCUCCCCCACCCCCGUCAACGGCUCGGCCGCGGCGCCGCCCCCGCAACGGCCCGCGACGGCAUCCCAAACCCCCUCCACAUCCUCCGCCUCCAACCUCCACCGCCAGGCCCUCAAAUCCCCAACCCCGUCCGCGUCCCUCGCCUACAAAGACCCCUUCCACGACGACCCCCCACAAGAAGAAGACGACGACUUCAACAACGACGACGCGGCCGACGCGUGGGGCGACAUGGACGACAUGGCCGACGACGACGGCAACAACGACAACGACAACGACAGCACGGGCGCCGGCGCGGCGGGCUUCUUCGCUGAGCCCGACAACAACAACACCAGCAACAACAAACCCACCAAGUCCACAACAAGCACAACCACCCUCCCCAAACGCGAAACCAAACCCGCCAGCGCGAGCGCGACGCCCUUCGACGACGGCUCCGAGCCGGACUUCGCCGGGUGGCUGGCGGCGCAGGCGCAGAAGAAGACGGGCGCCAAGGCGCUGCCGAAGGGGCUGGCCAAGUCUGCUGGUGGUGGCAGCGGUGGUGGGGCAGCCGCGAAGAAGACGGUUGCGGCGAAGCCGAAGACGGUGGCGAAGAAGAUUGAUAUGAAGCCGAAGCAGACGGAUGAGGAUGAUGGGUGGGGUGGGUGGUGAGAUUUGCUUGUGGAAGCUGGGUUGGUUGGGUUACUUGGGUGGUUGGGUUACUUGUGGG